AUGACUCUCCUAGUCCAUGAGAUCGCGGCUGUGCGAGAGGCCAUCUCGAAAGAGAAGCCUUUCUGCACUGGAACUUAUCCACUCACCAAUAAUGCGGGACUCUUUUUCUUCCGAAAAGGCGACGCCGCAGGGUGGGUCGAUCUAGCCAACGCCAGUGAUGAGAAGCUUCAAGCGCUUCUGGAAGCUUGCGAGCCAGCUCCGUUCGGGGUGAACAACAAGGACGUUCUUGACGAUACGUAUCGCAAGGCUUGGAAGAUGGACAAUUCGAAUUUCUCAACACGUCUCGAUGUGGUUGAUACCGGAAUAGUAGAGCACGUUCGCUCCAAGCUCGUUGACGUCGGCCACGGAGGUCAAAAGAAAAUUCGACCCGAGUUGUACAAAUUAAACAUUUAUGGCACCGGAUCUUUUUUCAAGGCGCACAAAGACACUCCCCGGGGCGAGAAUAUGUUCGGAUCCCUCGUCGUCGUUUUCCCCACUCGCCAUGAAGGCGGUGCGCUGCACCUCCGCCACAAAGGUGAAGAAUGGACCUUUGAUUCUGCGGCCCUCACCUCGGCUCAAGAAGAUCCUUCGAUUACGUAUAUUGCGUUCUAUAGCGACGUUGAACAUGAAGUCUCUGUGGUCAACUCCGGUUACCGUGUUACGUUGACCUACAACCUUUACUUUGAUGGUGCUUAA